CCUCUGCCGGCGCUGCGCCGGCUGCGGGUGCUGAACUGCAGCGUGGAGACGCUGGUCGGCCGCUGGCGGCAGCGCCACCUGGGCCACAUCGAGCUGACCGGAAACCGCCUGCAGGAGUUCAGGCUGGAGUGGCUGGAUGGCUUGCCCUCACUGCGCACGCUCAACCUGUCGAACAACCCGCUGCAGACGGUGGUCGGCUACCGGCCGCUGGAGGAGGUGCUCGUCUCGCUCGACCUGUCCUACAGCCGCCUGAACUGCUCCGACGAGCGGCUGAUAUGGCUGUACAGCUGGCAGCUGGACGCGGGCCGGCAGCUGGCGCGCGCCAAUGCCACGCGUUGCGCUGUGACGCGCGUGCAGUACGCCACCAUACACGGCCUGCCGGUGCUGGCCGUUCUCCGGCUGGCAUUGACGGUGCAGCGGCAGUGCCCGUCGGCGCCGCCGUUCGGCUGCUCCUGCGACCUGGUCCAGGUCCAGUACGCGCCGGACUCGGGCACCGUCUCGCCAGUCAUCUUGGAGGUGCACUGCGACAGUCGCGGCCUGCACAGCUUCCCGCCCCAGCUGCCUGAAGGCUCCACUUUGCUCUCUAUCAAGAACAACAGCCUGACCGACCUCGGCCCCGUGAUCGGCAACCACUCCAGCUACAGCAAGCUGACCACCGUGUACCUGGACGGUAAUCUACUGGAGGCCGAGGACGUCAACCAGCUGGAGGGCUCCGACCUCAUCGACCGCUACGCCAUCCUCAGUCUCACCCGCAACCGGCUGCAGACGCUGCCGAUCCACGCCUUCGAAUACGCCCUGAGGAAGGAGUCCUCCAACGUCGACUCUCUCUACCUCGAAGGCAACCCGUGGUUGUGCGACUGCACCAGUCCUUUCACCUUCACCUUCAAGUCGUGGCUGGUGUCGCGGAACAAGCUGUUGAGGAACCGCUUGAAGAUCCGCUGCGGCUCGGGCCCGCUGGCGUCUGGGCCGCCCCCAUCGCCGCCGCUGCUCUCGCUCUCGUGGCGCGAGCUGUGCGGCGGCCUGCAGAUCAACUGGUGGGACGUCACCAACGGCCUGCUGGCGGCCGUGCUGCUGGUGAUGGCGGCCCGGUUCGCGUACGACGUCGCCGUAUACCGGCGCACGGGCAAGCUGCCGCUGCUCAGCCGCGUGCUGCCGUGCUAGUGCUGGCGGCCGUGCUGCUGGUGAUGGCGGCCCGGUCCGCGUACGACGUCGCCGUGUACCGGCGCACGGGCAAGCUGCCGCUGCUCAGCCGCGUGCUGCCGUGCUAGGCGCGGACCGGGCGGC